AGAUCUUCGAAUGUGUAUUGUUUAUAGGCAAAAGUCAAGUGUUGUUCCGUUGAGUGAAUGUGUAUUUGUGUUUCAAUGUUGAAUGUUGUCAAUGUGUCACUUGCCGACACAUCAAAUUAAAUACGUAAUACAUUGCGUUUCCCUUCAUUCAAGCCAAAAGCCGCUUGUCGCUAAGAUAAAUCAAAAACAAUUCUCAAUUUGAACCAUGUGGUCCAAAUGGUUUUCAUCGAUCUUCUUCGUUGCAAUCUUUGUGAUUGCGAUUACAACUGCAGCAACUACCUUUGAAACAAUCUCGGAUGAUGAUUUGGUUGAGCGAAUCAAAGCGAAUGAAUUUUUGGUCGUGCUAUUUUCGAAAAAGAAUUGCGCCGACUGUGACAAGUACGAGAAUGAAUUGUUCAAGGUUCGCGAUGAGUUCAGAGAGACUUUCCCCGCUGAAGUGGUGAAAGUAGUUGACAGCCAAUUGGUACGUUUGUACAAUCCAAAAAAGGAGCCAGCAGUCAUUUUCUUCCGUCAUGGUGUCCCGUUGUUGUACGAAGGCAACAUUAAUGCUGAAGAAAUUAUCCACAAAUUCGAUCAAAAUCGUAUGCCAAUCGUUAAAGAGCUCACCGAUGACUCAUUCGAGCAUCUAACUCAAGCGGCAACCGGAUCCACAACCGGUGACUGGCUUGUGCUAUUCUACAACCGUGAGUGCAUCGAUUGCCAACGCCUUUCGGCGGUGUGGGAAGCUGUGGGUGCAGGUCUUCGGAAUCGAGUCAAUGUGGCCCGAGUCGAAAAAGAUCUGCGUGGUGUAAAAACUGCAAAGCGAUUCAAUGUUCAAAAGGCACCCGAAUUCAUUUUCAUUCGCCAAGGAAAUUUCUAUCGCUAUGACAUUCCAAAAUACGAUGUGAAGACAUUUGUAUCAUUCGCUCAGGAAUUUUAUCGAAACUCACGAGCGGAAAAGAUUAAGUCUCCAGCAUCUCCAUUCGAUGACUUGGUAUCGUCAAUUGUGGCCUAUCUCAAGAACUUCCAAACGAAUGGCAUCAACAAUCUAAUCAACGAUAAUACUUACCUCAUCCCAGCCAUAACAAUCAUUGGAUUCAUACUCUUUAUCAUCGUGCUGCGCUGUUGUCUGCGUUUUCGCAAAACCAGCGAUGAGAAGAAGGCAAAGGAGAAGAGCAAAAAAGCUAAAUAGAUCUCUAAAUAUCGACCUCAAUAGUUUUUAUACAAAAUAUUGUGCAUUCCGAAAGCUGCGAUUUAGUUAAGAGAGUUCAUUCGAUUGACACGAUAAAUUAACAUUACCUUGUGCUCGACCACAACGACGACGAUGAUGAAGAUGAUAAAAAAAACGAAAUGAUAAUUAUACGCUCGUGAUCAAUGCGACAUUGAACAAACAGUCCAAGAUGCACAAUAUUGUCUUAAAACGUAUGUGUUAGUGAAAUGAUGUUAUUUUGCAAUCGCACAAAACUAAAGGUGAUGAGUCGAAAUAAAUGUCUCUGUUCAAUUCUUUUUUUAUUCAAA